UUCCUAUUCCAUGAGAAAGUUUUACCGCUCGGAAGAAACCACCGUGUCACCGCUCUACGAUCGGCAAGGGGCCUUACGUUGUUUGCCCACAGCUUAUGUAAUCGCGAUGGAAUUGGUCCAGGCGUCCUUGCUGCAGCACAUAGCGAGAGGCUUCGAAGAGCGCGAUGCCCAUGCGGAAGUGAUACCGGAAGAGGCCGAUAUCAAAGCAGCUAGUGGUAACGUAAGGUUGCCGCCCAUACCUCCACUUUGUGGCUUUUUCGUUUCCUCGUCCAUCCGCGACAGCCCCGGUAACAACGGCGAAGAGGAAGUGAAGAGCGAACUGUCGGACGCCAACAAUUUUGACGACGAUGGCCUGAAGCGCCCCAAUGACCUGUACGAGAGGUACCUGUUUCGAAUACGGACGCAACGGGACGGUGAGUCUCAUCGAAAGUUUCUGCAAGCGCUCAAGGACCAGGCCGACAACUGCGACUUUGGCGAGUCCUCGGACGUCAUGGUACGCGACCAGGUGAUAUUCGGCACCAACAAUGCCGAACUUCGAGAGCUUAUGCUUGGCCAGCGAAACCUCACAAUGGCCAAAGUUGAGGAACUGUGCAGAGCUGCGGACGAGGGGGUGCUCGGAAAUCACGUCUUGGGCAACAGCAACAACAACGACCCCAACUUUCGGAAGCGGCGCAUUCGAAAAAGAAGCUGUCCUACGCAGGAGAGAACGUGCUACUUGUGCAGGAGAAGGGGCCAUUUCGGACCAGAGUGUACCGCGGGGCCAGUUGUGAUCGAAGAUGCGCUCGAAAACAGCGAUGAAUUCGAGGAGUGCGAACUGUUCGGCUGGUUUCACCCAGACUUCUUCAAAGGAUUCGGUGUGUUUUGAUGAGUUAUGAAUGCUGAGUCAUUCAGCCGCGGGAUGACCAAAGAUUCCUUGAUCAAAUUUCUGGAAGUGCCCUUGCGACAGAAGUGAGCUAUGUGCUAUUCGCCGAGAGUGUUUCCAGG